GUUAAGCUCAAACAUGAAGCACACAGGAAAUAUUCUAAUCAAUGGCCACAAACAAGCACUGGCUUAUGGAAUAUCAGGCUAUGUAACACAAGACGAGGCUAUGCUAUCAAGAUUAACGGCCAGAGAAACUUUAUACUACUCAGCUCAGCUUCAAUUUCCAGAUUCCAUGUCCAUAACAGAGAAGAAGGAACAAGCUGAUCUUAUACUCCGAGAAAUGGGACUAAUAGAAGCUGUUAACACAAGGGUUGGAGGAUGGGGUUCUAAAGGUCUAAGUGGAGGACAAAGGAGAAGACUUAGCAUUUGCAUCGAGAUUCUAACGCGCCCGAGACUUCUCUUCCUUGAUGAACCGACUAGCGGACUUGAUAGUGCAGCUUCCUACUAUGUUAUGAGUGGAAUUGCACGUUUGAAUUUAAGGGACGGAAUUCAAAGGACUAUUGUUGUAUCCAUCCAUCAACCUAGCAGUGAACUUUUUGAACUUUUUCAUGACCUUUGUCUUCUGUCUUCUGGUGAAGCUGUCUAUUUUGGUCCAGCCUAUGAUGCAAAUCAGUUUUUUGCUGCAAAUGGUUUUCCUUGUCCAACUCUCCACAAUCCUUCUGAUCACUAUUUAAGGAUCAUAAACAAAGAUUUUGAAAUGGAUGUUGAAGAAGGAUUUGGUAAGGGAGUAACCACAGAAGAAGCAAUUGGUAUCCUUGUAAAGUCUUAUAGAUCAUCUCAAAUUAGAACCCAAGUUAAAAAAAAAGUGGAAAUUAUAAGUAAAAGUGACUCUGGUGCAAUAGGGAAGAAGAGGAUUCAUGGUGCAUUUACCACUCAAUGUCUUGUUCUAAUAAGAAGAUCUUCUUUGCAAUUGUUUCGAGACGUAGGCAAUUAUUGGCUACGUUUAGUCGUCUUUGUUAUGAUUGCCAUAAGCAUUGGUUCUAUCUUCUAUGGCAUUGGCUCAAGUAGUGGUUCGGCAUCUAUUCAGGGGAGAGGUUCUCUGCUCACAUUUCUUGUUUCAGUUCUGACUUUCAUGACCCUUGUUGGUGGAUUCUCUCCUCUUUUGGAGGAAAUGAAGGUAUUUGAACGAGAGAGAUUGAAUGGACACUAUGGCGUUACUGCUUUUCUGAUUGGAAAUAUAUUCUCUUCACUACCUUACAUAAUAAUGAUCUCAGUGAUACCUGGAGGAAUAGCAUACCAACUUUGUAAAAUGCACAAAGGACUAGAGCAUUUUCUAUACUUCAUUUCAUUGCUAAUAGCCAUUGUAAUGUGGGUUGAAAGCCUAAUGUUGGUAGUUGGAAGCAUCUCUCCAAAUUAUGUAAUAGGAAUGUUCAUUACUGGUGGAAUUGAAGGACUCAUGAUUUUAACAGCAGGAUUCUAUAGAUUACCAAAUGAACUUCCUAAAUUACUAUGGAAAUACCCUUUAUACCAUAUAUCUUUCCUUAAGUAUGCAUUUCAAGGAUCAUUCAAGAAUGAAUUUGAAGGGUUAAAAGUUGAUGUGGGGACCAACAUUGUGAGUGGUAGAGAAAUAUUGAAUGAUAAAUGGCAUGUUGAAAUUGGUCACUCUAAGUGGGUUGAUCUUGCUAUCAUGUUUGGCAUGAUUGUGUUGUAUAGAGUUCUAUUCUUGGUCAUCACCAAGAGCAAGGAGAAGUUGAAGCCAAGUGGUCCUUAAGCAAUAAAUUUUCACAUGUCAAUGAUCAAUAGACCAAGGAGUAAAUAAAUAUUCAAAUUAUUACUUUCUGAAUUCUGACAAAUGUAAUGGUAGAUAUAUAUAAGUUGUUGAAAAUGCUAAAUCUUGUCUUUCCUCAACAACAAAAAGAAAAAUGCCAAAUCUUGUCUUGAUUUAAAAAAAUAAUAGAUAUUUGUCGCAUUGAUAUUUCUUUAUCAAUCAAUAAAUAUUGGCAGACCAUUUACCUGCAGUAGUUGUGAGUUUUAUAUUCAAAGUUCAUCCGUUGAAAGGUUACAUAAGAAAUUUUCAUUAGAAAAAAAUGGAUGUCACAAAACAUAUACAGUUGUGUUAGGUCACUACAAUGACACUGAACUAAUUUGACGAUUGAUUACGAUAUUGCCGGGUGUAGUGAGGAUUGAGGUUGUUCUUAAUUUGUUUGCACUUGCAUAGGUUUCUAAGUAGAGACAAAUUUUACACUAUGCAUAAAGUCAUUUUAAAUAAAAUGAAGUAUGAAUAAACAUAUUAAUUCAGUGGUGAAAACAAACUUGUGCAUGAUGUAAGAACAAUUUUUUCUUUUUUUGGUACAGGUGUAAGAUCAAUUUACUUAUAGAUUUUGGAUAAAAUUUUUGAGAUAUAUAGAAAUAUUAUGGAAAACGAUCCAACUAUUACUGUCUACUUUGUUUGACUCAAUUACGAUCCAAUUUACUCAAUGUAAAUGAAUACAAUACGACCGAAAUUGCAGUUCUAAGUUGUAACAGUAAGUUAUAAGUAACAAUAAAUUGCAAUUUAAAGGUGAAAAUCAAUUUAUCCAACUUAAGUAACAAUAUGUUAUAAGUAACAUCAAUUGCAUCAAAAGUUGGAUCAGUUGAUUCAAUCCCCAUGAAAAGUUCAGAUAUUGCCAUAUAUUUACAAAUUACAAUGUUAGUGAUUGAUUUGUUAGAGGAAAAAGU